AUGGAUGGCGGGCGUGCCAAUAUAUCGGACAAGGAGUAUGAGACAUACCAUCAGCGUUUCCGACGCAUAUUCCGGUAUGGUUCAGGAGAGCCUCCCCCAACACAUUACCUUCCUGGAAACCACGACAUAGGCAUGAUUUACAACGAGUUUUUUGUUACGCAAAGACUUGGUACCUCUGUGUGGUUCUCAGACCGCGCGGACGAGCGUUACACUUCUCACUUUGGCCCCCAAAAUCAGAUUAUUGAUGUUGAAAAUCACACCCUCGUUCUGAUUGAUGCUCCUAGCCUUGUUGAAGAGGAAGAGGAACGUACUUAUCGUGGCCAGACCUAUGAGCUCUGGGCAGCCCACAAUCCCAAGGGCACAGUUGCAUUCCUGCGGUCCCUUGGUUCACAACAGCAUAGCUUGUCGACUGUUCUCUUCACGCAUAUUCCCUUGGCACGACCGGAUGAUGCACCGUGUGGGCCGCUCCGAGAACGCGGUACAAUUCGUAGUGGUCGGGGCUUUGGUUACCAGAAUACUCUUGCCCCGCAAACAUCACAAUUUCUCCUCCAGACAACACGUCCUAGUCUAGUGCUAAGUGGUGACGACCAUGAUUACUGCGAGUAUGAGCACACCUACAACGAUAUCGUCACCGAGACGCUAGUGAAUGUGACAGAGGUCACUGUCAAAACGUUCUCAAUGGCCAUGGGAGUGCGAAUACCUGGUUUCGAACUUCUGUCACUUUCCCCGAAUACGCAGUCAUCGGUGGAAGCAGUCGCCACUUCACCAUGCUUCCUCCCAGACCAGCUCGGCAUCUAUUUGUCUACUUACGUUCCCUUUGUCAUCUUCAGCCUAUUGCUCCUGUUUGUCUCCAACGCUCAUCGUGUGCGCACGCGUGGGCGAUUUGUCUCAUGGGCUCCCCUGCCGCUAUGGCUGCAGAGCCUGCCCCGGGGAUGCGCGGUGACCGCUCGCGGACGAAGACUACGAGUGACGUUCCCUUUGCAGGAGUUAGUUGAUGUUGAUAGAGAUGAAACUGUAUUUGCGACCAAGACCGAGAGUCGUAUGCGAGCACGCCGGGGACUGCUCCAUGGAUGGUUGGCUGAGGUCGUGCGGGUUGCUUGGAUGCCACUCAUUUGCUUCGUGAUAAUUGCAUGGCAUGUUUCUUAA